AUGGCAGGCGCCGCCACCGGCAGCUCGCCCGCCGCACCUGCAGCAGCAGUGCCGGUGGUGCCUCCCAAGCUGCUGACGCUGGUCAUCCCCCACAUCGGUGGCCGCCUGCUGCUGGGCAAGAAGCUGCGAGGGUUUGGAGAAGCAGGUUACUACAACGGAUUUGGAGGGAAGGUGGAGCAGGGGGAAACAAUAGAGGCGUCGGCCAAGAGAGAGCUGCUGGAGGAGGCGGGCAUCACAGCCACGUGCAUGCAGCACUGCGGCCUGCUCACCUUUGUGUUUGACGACAACCCCCAGCCCUGGGAGGUGCACGUCUUCCGCGUCACCGCGUUUGGCGGCGAGCCGGCGGCGUCGGACGAGAUGGCGCCGCGGUACUUUGCGGAGGCCGAGGUACCGUACGAGCGCAUGUGGGCUGACGACGUCCACUGGUACCCGCUGUUCCUGGCGGGCAAGCUGUUUGAGGGGACCUUCCACUUCCACAACACCCACACCCUGGUGGGGCACACCCUCACAGAGGUGCAUUCUCUGUCAUUGCCCGCCCAGCCCUUGCAAUGA